UGUCAUAUGGUAUCAGUUUUGUGAAUGUGUUCGAUUAUCGGGACGCUUGUACUGUAAAUAGUUGCUUCACAAUUUAAUUUAACAAAAAUUUUAACUGAAUCCCAUUAAUUUUUUAGUGUUUAUCAAUGUUAAUGGAAAUAGAUAACCGUAUGACUUGAAUCAACACACCUUUUCGUUGCUUUGAUCAUACUGCUUUACGAUCAAGUUAAUGUCAACAUUACGCUUAUAGAUAAUGGACCUGGACGAUUCUAUAGAUCCAAAAGAAUUGAAAGCAACACUUGGAACGUACAAAAAGUUGGCUUAUGAUUUUGCAAACCAUGACACGAUUUUGAAAGAUAAGACAGUCCUCUCAUACGUAGCGUACGUCCUAGAAAUACCGGAUUUCGAGAUUAUUAAUUUAGGUCUAGAUAUUUUGGAGCUAUUUGUUAAAAAUGUGGACAAUUAUGUACACAUAACCUCUACAUUUGGAGUUCGCGAAGCCUUGGAUGCAAUUAUAAAUAAAUAUAGUGCAGAUGAACCAAAGGUAGUCAAACGAGCCCAGUCAGUAAAAGAUGACAUAGAAAGAAUGAAACCACCAAUAUACAAUUUACGUAGUCGGUGUAGAAGAGUCAUUGAACCAAAGAAGUUAAAGACUCAUGUUAUUGUGCUACAUGUACAAGGCUUGUUACCGGAAACACGUUCAGAGUUGGAGUCAAUACUAAUAAGAAUUGAUGGAUUAGUUUCUCUUGUAGUUGAUGUGGAACAUCAGCGUGUUACAAUGCGUACUUUAAGUUAUGUCACAGCGAAACAGAUUGCAGAAGCUAUUAGAAACAAUACAGAGAAUAUGGAAGCUAGAUUAGUUACAAGAAAUAAAUUCAAUCAAGAGUAUCUUGUAAAAUUGCUUCAUACGAAUGGAGACAAUGGAGACAAUGGUGACACAGAUAAUAUGCCAGAUUACUUACCCGAAGAAGAAGAGCAAGAAGAAGAAAAAGAGGGUGUUGUAUCUUUGUUUACUGGGUUGAGGCAAAGUGCUUCAUCAUUGUAUAAAAGUACCACUGAGUUUCUCCAGACUUCGUUUUAUUGGUAA